AUGGUUUCCUGGCUUGGCAUCGCCGUCUUUGCAUGGUAUGUUCCUCUCACUGCUCUGCUGUGCUUCCGCUGGAAGCGAAGCACACAUCCCCCCUCGCGUUCACGUCCUGCGCGGAAGCGGCACGCUCGAGCAAAAGUCUAUCUUGCCCGGCGCACGUGAGGCUUACUCUUGCACGCAGCUUGUUUCGUUAUAUCCGUUUGAUCGUCAAUUGCAUUUCACACUGGACCUUUCGCCCUAUACCCAUUCCCGAUUCGCCCACAUACACCUCGCAGGAUGUCACCAUCAUCCUGCCCACCAUCGCCGCCGCCGGCGAGGAGUUGGAGACGACCCUGAAGACGUGCCUGUCGGCGGAGCCAUUCGAGCUCAUCCUCGUCACCAUCGAUGCCAACGUCGACAACCUCACCAAGUUGGCCAACAAGAUCAAUGCUAAGAAGAUCCGCGUCUUGAGCAUCCGCGAGGCGAACAAGCGCAGGCAGAUGUGCAGGGCGAUACCCGAAGUGUCAACUCGCAUCACCAUAUUCGUCGACGACGAUGUCGUCUGGCCACCCAAGGUGCUGCAAUGGAUGUUGGCGCCGUUCGAGGACUCCAAGAUGGGUGGCGUCGGGACAUCACAGAGACUGAAGCGCUCCAAGAACAUGAGCAUCUGGAGCUUCCUCGGUGCCACCUACUUGGAGCGCCGCAACUUCGAUUGUUCUGCCUGCCUCCACAUCGACGGCGGCCUGCCCUGCCUCUCCGGCCGUACUGUCGCUUACCGCAGCAGCAUUCUCCAGGAUGAAGCCUUCACCCACGGCUUCACCCACGAAGAGUGGAGGACGUGUCAGCUCAAUGCCGACGAUGACAACUUCAUCACGAGGUGGCUGUAUGCGCACGACUGGAAGAUUGCCAUGCAGUACCACAAGGAAGCGGAAGUGCAGACGACGUUGGAAGACAGCCCCAAGUAUCUGAGCCAGUGUCUCCGUUGGGUCCGCAGCAACUGGCGAAGCAAUCUCACGAGCAUGUUUGUUGAGCGCCAUUACUGGUGGUAUGUCGCGCGUGACGUCCUUCUCCAUCCUCCCUUUCCUUGCAGCUAUUGACACCUGGAAUAGGACCCAGCCAUGGAGUACAUACUCGGUCUUGCAGACUACUAUCACGGCCUGGGCAUUGCCAUAUGACCUCUUCAUUUUUUAUUCCUGGUACCAAGCAUCAAGUAGCUGGCCCGAAAAUCUGCGCACUGCUCUCUUCGUGUUCUUGUUCUCAUGGACAUACUUGUUCAGCAAGACCGUGAAGCUCUGGGGUCACUUCUUCCGCUACCCCUCAGAUGUGGCCUUCAUCCCCGUCUACAUAUGCUUUGGCUAUUUCCACGGCCUGAUCAAGCUAUGGGGUCUGUGGACCCUGAAAGAAGUAAGCUCGUACCACAUAGGCUGAAGACUGAUGAAAGUCGACCGCUGACCGCCUUUUCCACACAGACAACCUGGGGAAGCAGGGACGGAGCGGAUACGGACGACCGCGUCCGGAUGAUCCGAUUACCACGAUACGGAUCGCCGGACCCUGACGGACGCAAAUCCGAAACGUUUGAGUUUUCCGAACAACUGAUGGCCGAGCAGCAAGACCAGCUGCCGGCUUACGACACGCACCGCAAACACGCCAACAUACCGCUAAUGACGACGCAAUACCAGCAAUAUCACGAUUGA